UUUUAAAAUUUCCAAGUCCAAAUAGGACUCGGUUUCAACAAACUCUCUUCCUCUCCACGUGAGGUGCAGAUUUCCUUAGUAAUCACGCCUCCUCGCAAGAUGUCUUCAGCGAUUCCUCGUUCUCUUAGCUCUAAAACCUGGUGGUUUUCCUCCAGAUGCAGGAAACUAUUCCGAUAUAUUUGGGAUCCCAUGGAUUUCGCUAUAUUUCAAACUUCUAUUUGGAUUGGGUAUCCGUGGAUUUCAGAGUAAAAAUGGGUCACAAAAGCUUUCACCUUUUCUGCUGCCUUGUUUUCUUGCUCUUGCCAUUUUUGUUCGUUCUUCUCUUUGUGGAUCAAAAAGCUCACCACUUUGCAGGUGUCCCGGGCAACGGCAUCUCUUCGAUUGGUUGUUGGACAAACCAUUUUGCAGCCCCGAGUUAGUCGAAGACAAUUAUUGAUUCAUGGCUCCAAAGGGAAUGAAUGUAGAUGGCCAAAUUUGUACCCAGCGAGCUGUUGACAAGGCCGGGAAAGAGUUUGCCACGGGUCUAGGAUACAGGCGUUCUUCUCCGUUGGCUUCACUUAACUACAACUUUUCUUUCAGUGAUCCUCCCACUUGGUUUCUUCCUUCCAAAGUGAGCUCUGGUCAUCUUGAUUUUAUUCCGGAAGAUGGUGCUAUCAAGGUUGGCCCGCAUCAAGGCGAUUUAUUUCAGGCUUAUACUCUGAUGAAAGUGAACAAUGAGGCUGAUGGAGACACCAAGUUUAAAGUUGAUACUAAUUUUUUUCCGCUCUUACACAAAAUGAUCCGAGAGAAGACAGAUUGGGGUUUGAGUGUCAAGGUCACAGGUUGUGCUACUUUUCAGGUUGGUGUGCUGGAGUGGACAGAGACUACUUUACGAACUUAUGAGAAUGUGCUGCGUCAAGCAGAUAUUUAUGGUGCUGUGGCAAUGUCCCGUUAUCCUUACAAAUACUCAUCUAAUGUAUGGAAAGCUUUUUGUGAGCUAUGGGGGCCUUUAACCAACACCUUCCACCAGGGAAAUGGGGAAAUGAGUAUUUCAUUAUAUGACUUGAAGGUGAUAGGUGGUUUACCAAUUCUCGGUGCUCCUUAUGAAGAGUUUAUUCCUCCAAAUGAUGACCUGUGCAAGAAAGAAGCUUACCCGUCUACUCUUCCUGAACUUUUGAGAAUUCAUUCCCAUUUGUGCAAAUUUUAUGCGCAGAAACAUAUAUUUUGGAAUCAAUGGUUGGACCAUUUUUAUCGAGGAAAAAUAGUUUAUGCGGGCUAUGGUGAAAAAAAUCAGCGGAUGUCCCCGAAUGAGCAAAAGAUCUUUAAAGCCCGAGGAAUUUUGCUGGAAGUCACAAAAGAAGGGGCCUUGGCUGCAUUUUUGGUAUUCUGGCUUUGUAGAUUUGUUUUGCCAUUAAAGGGCGGUAAAGUGAGACCCGAGACUUUUCCUAUGGCUUGUUUAAUGGCGCAGGGCUCUAAAGUCUCUCUUGCGCCAACUGUUCUUGGCUAUAUUUAUCGUGGCCUUGGGGAUAUCGUUUCUUGUCCGAGGGGACCUGGAUUCACAUAUAUUUCCAUGCCAGUUCACUAUAUUGUCGGUUGGUUAGGGGAGCAUUUUCCAUACUUAUACCGUUCUCGUCCUGACAGCGAUUUUCCUAAGGGUUAUCCUCAAUUAGCGAGAUAUGCGGGUGUUGAACCCAGGGAGGUUAAUAUAUCUCAAGCCAGGUUUAUUUUUCGGAGUGACAAAUAUGUUAUUUAUCGUCCAACCGUUUUUGUGGAAGAGAAAGGUUGUUCUUUGAUGGAUAAUGAAGACCUUAUCUGAUGAUUAUUUUGAAUUUUUGGUCCGUGUUCGCACUGCAAAGCUUCCUGUCAGAAUUGGUGAACACCUUUGGCUAGAACCAUAUUUUCCUAACAGAUUUGCUCGUCAAUUUGGCUUUGAUCAAGGAGUUCCAACGAACAAUUUAGCAUUUGGUGUUUCUAGUAGACAAAAUUGCAGUGUUGAGGCUAUGUUCGAAGCGCAGACGGUGCUUCUUAAAAGGAACACCGGAUCUCUUUUUUAUGUUCCAUGUUCAACACAUCAAGGGAUCUGUACCUAUUGGUAUUGCAAGUGGUGGAGGACUUCUUGUGUAACAUAUCUUGGGAUUUCUUUGGCUGAUAUUUAUGCUAUCUUCAAUAAGCGUCCUCUUAAUAAAAAGACAGUUUUUAGUGUGUCAGUUCUGAGAGACAUAACUCCCGGUUUGAGAAAAGAGUUUUUGCUUUCUGAGGUGGGAUUUGAUAAGUCUCCUGGCUUGCAAGCAGUUGGUCAGAGUUCUAGCCUUUCUAAAAAUAAGAAUACAAUGGCUGACCAGGAAUGCAAGGUUAUCUCGGAGUCUUCUUCACCAGGAUCUUCUUUAGGGAGUAGCCAUGAUGUGAAUUUUAAGCGUGCUCGUUAUGAGAAUCCUGAUGGUCCUGGUGGUGUGGAUAUUGAAACUGUAACUGCUGCAGAUAAUUUUACUCCAGAAAUUAUCCCUGGAAACUUAAGUACAUCUGUGAAGGUAACGAACCAGCCUUGUAGGGGAAAGUCAGCUGCCUAUGUGUCAAAUGAAGUUGCACCAUCAUCCUUGCAAGAAGUGACGGCAUCCAUCCAUGCUUUGUUCGGCUCGGAGGUGAGCAAUUUUAGGCAAGGAUAUAUAUUGGUGAAGUAGAGAAUAUUUUUGUCAAGCUUUCCUCUUGCAACUCACCUACAGAAAUUCUUGGCUGCCAUGAGGAAGUGAAUUUGGUGCUUGAUGUUUUGGUUCCCAUCAUUAACAUUUUGGAAUCUGGUCGAACAGAGCUUGAGUGGUUUGUCAAAACCGUUCGCCAUAUUUUUGCAUGUGCUUCACAAAUUUCUGAUAAUGCCAAGAUUAUUGAUCAAGGUAAUCAUAUUCGCGAUUUGCUUCGUCGUCAUGAUGAGUGUUUGUCAACUAAGAAGGCCUUCGAGUCCGAGUUAAACAAAUCCAUUCAGGAACUUAAGAAAAUUGAAGCUGAGGAACUGCCUGUUAAAGAAGCAGAGGAGAUCGCUCGUGUUCUUCGCCAGCAAUAUGAUUCUGGAAAACAUGCUGUCAAACGUCGAGUGAGUGAUCUUAAAGCUUCUAUUGAGCGACAAAAGAAAUUGGAUGUGGAGCUUCGUCAGUUUCGAGCUGAUACGAAUGAAGGGCUUCUCUCGGAUGUUGAGCGUGUUGAGGCUUUGAACAAAUCUGCAGAAGAAGGAAUUUUGAAUUCAAUCGCUUCCCUUCUCCACUUUUGCAGCAAACCGGAGUAGGCUUUAAGUUGUUUUUCCUUCUGUUUUGCAUUUCUGCAAUUUGGGAUAUUUAAGUUUAGCUUUUCCUUUCUCUCUUUUUUUAGCAGACUUUCGGACCAAUUUUGACUGAUAAUAAUGGGUUUAUUGCGCCCAGUAUGUUUGAGAUUUGUCACAUGCUUUGAUUGCUCAUCCUCCGUGUUCAACUUCUGGAUGUUUAUCACAUUUAUAUAUAGAAGAGGAAACCAUAUUAAGCUCUC